AUGAGUGCACCUUCAGGUUUUCCACCUCAGGCACCACCUCCCGAUAUGACAACUAUGCUUCAGCAACUUCUUCAAGGACAAGCAGCUGGUGCUCAGGAUGUUGCCAAGAAGUUCUCUGAAGUGCAACAUAAUUUUCACGAUUUGAACACCAAAGUUGAGGCACUGAACUCUAAAGUGAAGUACCUAGAGAGCAACCACGCUACAACUUCUUCUGCAAAGCCUCAAGGCCAACUUCCAGGAAAAGCUAUCCAAAACCCGAAAGAGUACCACCAAGCUCAAAGUAUUACCCUUCGCAGUGGCAGAAAACUCCCAUCUCAAACAGGACCUACUGCAAUCACUGUGGACAGUGAUGAACAAGAUGGGGAGGACUUCUGUGAACCAGAGAUUCAAGCUGAGCAGAAGGAAGAGGAAGACAAGAUCCAAGUUCAACUAGAGUUAAAAGCUAAAANAGCUAAACCCUCGACUGAAAAAGCAACAGUUCCUGAAGCAAAGAAGCCAGUGUUCAUCCCACCUCCUUACAAGCCUAAACUUCCAUUCCCAGGAAGGUUCAAGAAAGAGUUGGUGGCGAAGUACAAAGCGCUUUUUGAUAAACAAAUGAAGGAGAUCGAAGUGAAAAUACCUUUACUCAAUGCUAUUGCUCUCAUACCUCAGUCCCACAAGUUUUUGAAAGAUCUGGUAAAUGAAAGAAUCAAGGAGACUCAGGGGAUGGUGGUACUAACUCAUGAGUGCAGUGCUCUCAUACAAAGGAAGGCUGUCAUGGAAAAGCUCGGUGAUCCAGGAUGCUUCACUCUGCCAUGCUCCCUUGGUCGAUUCGCUUUCAAUAAUUGUCUCUGCGAUCUUGGAGCAUCUAUCAGCUUGAUGCCACUCUCCUUGGCUAAAAGAUUAGGAUUCACGAAGUUUGAACAAUGCAAUAUCGCUAUGAUUUUGGCUGACAGGUCUGUGAGGUAUGCUAAUGGUAUCUUAGAGGAUUUACCUGUCAGAGUUGGAGAUGUGGAGAUUCCUACUGACUUCGUAGUAUUGGAGAUGGAUGAAGGACCAAAGGAUCCUCUGCUUUUGGGAAGGCCAUUCUUGGCAACAGCUGGAGCAAUCAUUGAUUGCAAGAAAGGUCUGAUAGAGCUGAACCUUGGUAAGGACUUCAAGAUGAACUUUGACAUUAAAGAUGUCAUGAAGAAGCCUACCAUAGAAGGGCAACUGUUCUACAUAGAAAGGAUGGAUCAGUUGGCAGAUGAGCUACUUGAAGAGCUCAAUGAACAGGAUCAUCUUCAGAGUGCUUUGACAAAGAAUGGUGAAGAUGGGUACCUACACUUGGAAACUGAAGCUUAUCAGAAGAUUUUGGACUCUCACAAAGAGGAAGAAGGAUCUGCAGUCUUUGAGGACUUGAAAGCUCUACAAGCAGUGAAUGUCAAGUGUGCAGACCAAGCAGAAAAUCAAGGUUUGAUGCUUUCACUCGACCUGCAAAGCUCUACAAGCAGUCCUGCGCCUGAUGACUGGACUGAACUCAAAGCACCAAAGGUAGAACUCAAACCUCUACCAAAAGGGCUAAGGUACGCUUUCUUAGGCCCUAACUCUACUUACCCUGUCAUAGUAAAUGCUGAGCUUAGCCAUGAUGAAUUGGAAAUGUUGUUAACUGAACUGAAAAGGUUUAGAAGGGCAAUAGGGUAUUCACUAGAUGAUAUUAAAGGGAUUUCUCCUAGUCUAUGCACACAUAGGAUUCAUCUUGAAAAUGAAGCAUACUCUAGUGUAGAACCCCAGCGUAGAUUAAACCCAAACCUGAAGGAGGUAGUCAAGAAAGAAAUCCUUAAGUUGCUAGAUGCUGGUAUUAUCUAUCCUAUCUCUGACAGUACAUGGGUUUCACCUGUACAUUGUGUUCCUAAGAAGGGUGGGAUAACUGUAGUGAAAAACGAAAAAGAUGAGUUCAUCCCCACUAGGACCAUUACAGGGCAUAGAAUGUGCAUAGACUAUAGGAAGUUGAAUGCUGCAUCUAGGAAAGAUCACUUCCCAUUGCCUUUCAUUGAUCAAAUGUUAGAAAGAUUGGCUAAUCAUCCUUACUACUGUUUCCUUGAUGGGUAUAGUGGAUUCUUUCAAAUCCCUAUACAUCCAAAUGAUCAGGAAAAGACCACUUUUACUUGUCCUUAUGGCACAUUCGCCUACAGGAGAAUGCCUUUUGGUCUUUGUAAUGCACCUGCUACUUUUCAGAGGUGCAUGACCUCUAUUUUCUCGGAUUUGAUAGAGGAGAUGGUGGAGGUGUUCAUGGAUGACUUUUCUGUGUAUGGCUCCUCCUUCUCCUCCUGUUUGUUGAAUCUGUGCAGGGUAUUUACCAGGUGCGAGGAAACAAACUUGGUGCUGAACUGGGAGAAAUGCCAGUUCAUGGUCAGAGAAGGAAUAGUCCUUGGGCACAAGAUUUCCGAGAAAGGGAUAGAGGUUGAUAAGGCCAAAGCUGAGGUUAUGAUGCAGUUGCAACCCCCAACCAAUGUGAAAGAUAUCAGAAGUUUCCUUGGGCAUGCAGGGUUUCACAGAAGGUUUAUCAAGGAUUUCUCCAAGAUAGCCAGGCCUCUUACCAGGUUGCUCUGCAAAGAGACAGAGUUCAUCUUUGAUGAUGAAUGUUUGGAAGCCUUCAAGCUUAUCAAGGAAGCUCUGAUAUCUGCUCCAAUAGUCCAAGCACCUAACUGGGACUAUCCUUUCGAGAUCAUGUGCGAUGCUUCUGAUUACGCAGUUGGAGCUGUUCUGGGACAGUGA